CAGAGAAGCCAGCGGAGAACUACUCGCCACUACAGCCAACAGUUUUCAGUUUUCCCUCGCGAAAGCAGCAACUAUGAGUUCAUCUGAUGAAGAAUCAUCAUCUGAGAUCCAUUCCGAAAUAAAAGCAUUGGAAGAAAUUCUCGAAUCUAUGGAAAUAAAUCGAUCUGAGCUUUCUCGUGCUGCUGAAGCAUUGGCUAUAAACCAGGGCAAGAUGAUGCCUUUGUACCAGAAUAAUCUCACCAAUAAUUUGCAAUGUGUUUCCGGCAUAGAUAAAGCCCUUGAAAACAAAGAUGAAAUUGAAUUGCAGAAAUUACUCAAAGAAUGCAACAAUUUUGAAGCUCUCUUGGUUCAGAGAAGCAAUUCUGUUGCUAAAACACGUGACGACUGUCGUACUUUGGUUAAUCUCGUCCAGGGCAACAAUCGUCAGAUGUUCUCCGAGGAAUCUUCCAUAGAUGAUACUGAGGAUAAUGAGGGCAGCGAGGAGAAUGGAGAGAGAGAAGAUGAUUCUACUGAGGAUGAGAAUAAGGAAACUGAAGAUAUCCUCUAAGUCUGA